AUGAGUAAUCCAUACCAGGCUCUUUUUAAGAGUCAACAAGAUUUUUUUACUAACGAACUAAAAAAUUCCUCGUUAAAGAAUCGCUUGGCCAAGUUGAGAGCAAUAAAGAAAUGGAUUAAAAAAAAUGAAUCGAGAAUUUGUGAAGAAAUUUUCAAGGAUUUUCAAAAAGGCGCUGAAGAAGUACUCUUGACAGAGAUCAAACCCAUUGUAGAUGAAAUCAAUCAUUACCUAUCUCAUUUAGAACAGUGGGUUCGUCCCACAUUAGUUUCCACUCCAUUGACUUUUUGGGGAACUCGUUCUCAAGUGAGAAUUGAACCUAAAGGAGUUUCACUAAUUAUUGCACCAUGGAAUUAUCCAUUUAAUUUAUGUAUUGGCCCAUUAGUCUCAGCUAUUGGUGCAGGAUGUACUGCUAUCAUAAAGCCCUCUGAACACACUCCUCAUACUGCGAAUUUAAUUCAAAACAUGAUCAAUGAAUUAUUUAUUGAAAAGGAAGUAGCAGUUAUCCAAGGAGAAGUAAAAGUAUCAGAGGAAGUAUUAAAACUACCUUUUGACCACAUCUUUUUUACUGGGAGUCCUCAAGUUGGAAAAAUCAUCAUGAAAGCAGCUGCCGAAAACCUAAGUUCCGUGACUCUAGAAUUAGGAGGAAGAAAUCCUGCCCUUGUAGAUGAAACAGCUAAUUUGAAAGACGCUGCUCAAAAAAUUGUUUGGGGUAAAUUUUUAAACAGUGGACAAACAUGCAUUGCCCCUAAUUAUGUAUACGUUCACCAAACUCAAGCUAAAAAACUGGAAGAAGAAAUCAUCCAACAAAUAAAAAUCCAAGCACCUAAGGAAAUCCUUGAUUUCACCAAAAUUGUUAACUCCUCGCACUAUUCUCGGCUAGUCAGAUUAUUGAAUCAAACGCUAAAAGCUGGUGGAAACAUAGCCUAUGGUGGAGAUAAAAACGAGGCAUUUAACUUCCUCUCUCCAACCAUACUUAAUGAAACAACUAUUGAUUCCCCUAUUUUUCAAGAAGAAAUAUUUGGCCCUCUUUUACCUAUUAUCACCUAUCAAAACCUUGAAGAAGCAGUCCAGAUUAUUAAUCAAACUGAAAAACCUUUAGCCUUGUAUCUAUUUAGUAAGUCUAAAAAAAAUCAACAAUACAUUAUUAAGAAUACAAGUGCUGGAACGACAGCCAUCAAUGAAACUACCAUUCAAUUUGCUCAACCUUACCUCCCUUUUGGUGGAGUCAACCACAGCGGAAUUGGAAAAGCUCAUGGUAAACAUGGCUUUUUAGAAUUCUCAAAUCAAAGAGCUAUCCUCAAACAACGAGUUGGGUUUACUAUUCUUAAACUCAUUUUUCCUCCCUACACUAAUUUCAAAAAGAAAGUGAUUCGAUUUAUCACCUUCAAGCUUUAA